AGACUUCGGUGGUUCAUCAUCUCCCUCACCCAUUGCUCGGACAUAGAUUCUGAACCCUAUACUUUGCCUGCCUGUUCCCGUACCCCCACCGUCUAAGGCGGCCCGGGACACCACCGGAGAACCUAAUUCCUCGGAGGCUGCAUGAGUAGUUUCACGGCGGAAGGAUCAGUUGAAGCGGAGCAGCUGUGCUUCAAGGGCGCGGAUCCAUGGGCGUGUUUAUUGUUUCUCAUGCUUGGUCACGGGUUCAAUUCACACUCGUUCAAGAUCGUUUUAUGGCGCGGCCUUGCUUUGGAGUACGCCAUUGCUUCUCUUCUCGCCUGCGGUUGAUUCCCCUCUUUACCCCCCUGAGACGCAGGGUUGCUACGUUCAAAUCUAGGUGUUCAAUAGCAAAUGUUGUUCUUGGUGACGCAACUGAUACACAAGUUGAGGAGAAUUUUGAAUCUCCUGAUUGUAAAUAUACAGUUCCUGUUGUAAAUAUCAAAUCUGACAUUCUGGAGGGUGAAGCAUUGAAUCUCUUGCCUGAGGGAGCAUAUGUGAACACUCUUUUGACUGCAAUUCAUGUCUUAUCAGAAGAGGAGCAAAAUAUUAUUGCUGCAACUCCUGCUCAUCCAGCUGGGUUAUAUGGUUUGUACUUUCUCUCUUUGAACUGUCAUUCCAUCCAUCCGUCCCACUAUUUUGUGACAUGGAGUGGUGGUACACAAGCUAAGAAAGUUGGAAUUGUGUGGUUGGUAUUGAAGUGAAAAUGGAAGUAGAUCAAUUCGAGCUGCACACCAUAUAUGGUAUGGGACCAUACAAAUGUUACCAAAUAUGUUAUGUGCCAAAAAAUAGUGGGACAAACAAAACUAGUAAAAAGGGAUAAAACUA